AUGGUGAGUACCUCUACUCUAGUGUUGACCCGUUGUAUAUACGCUUCACGAGAAGGGCGCUUGCCCUGGUUGCCCCAGAUCGACGAACUCUUGACAAAAGUCAGGGCCUUCACCAAGACCCAUGAAAUUGAAUUUUUGGAUGCUCCUACGAGCACUCCUCAAGCGACAUCGCCAUCACCGUACGUUAUUCCUUUUGAAGAGCCGGUUAAACGAAUUCAUGCGAAAACAUUGAAGUCGAACGAAAUCAAACUAGACUGGAUUCCUUUCACUACAAAAAAUAUUUGGCUCGUUAUCAAAAAAAAAAAANUUUGUUUUGUUCACAACUAUGGACGGAUGCCAUUGGCGAAGCAGAACAUCUUCGACGAUAUUUUUGGUGAAGAGGCAUUGCUCUAUUCAGUUUGCUCUCAAUGGAUUCUGAUAUUUUCGAUUUUUCUGGCUGGAAUCACAUUGGAACGUUGUGUACCUCAACCUCUUCACAUAUUCCUAUCGAUAUUGGCCACAAAUGGAAACACGGUUCUCUUUGCGAUUAAUGUCAGAAAAGUAUCAGAUGGAGUAAUAUCUCGAGAAUCACAGUACUUUAUAUUUGUGACUCUUCUUUUUGUGCUUUCGACAGUACUAUGUAUCGUCUACCUCACUGCUUUGGCCUACUACAGAAAAGAGAAAAGGUACUACCAGGCCGUGGUCAUGUCAAACACAUCCCUUCAAUUGAAGAAAAGAUACUUGGCUGAAGAAGAAUCCCAUCGUCUUCGCAUUUAUGAUCCGUACGGGAGCCUGAACCCAUUGUCACUUUCGCCCAUAAACGUGUGA